AUGGCUGAGCUCAAUUUGGAGGUCUUGCAAAAGCGGUACAAAUGGACUACGCCGACGAGCGAGCCAACGGUGCAAGCGCUCAAGGACCACAUCGGUGAACGAAGCAAAGGUGAUUCGCAGUUGCACUCCUAUCACCAGAAGUUGCGAUUUAGAUCUGAGGCCAAGGCCCUGGAGAACGAUGACCUGGUACCGGUGGCUCCUGCCAUCGUGCAGGUGCUCGGCCCAGGGAGCGUCGUUCACAUGUUCGGUCUGUUCUGUGAUCGCGAUGGAAAGCCCUUGCCCAAGGUGCCGAAGUCCUCGCCCUCCACGUCAGCUACCCCAGCACCACGACCGGCCCCGCUGACGGUGCCGACGUACGGAUCGGGUGCCGUGGGGCCUAGCUAUGGCUAUGGGCCACAAGCACCACAGGAUAUGCUGAUGCUGACGAAUUCCUGGUCCCCUCCAUACAACCAGCCUCAGAGUCAGGAGGAUCACGAGUUGUCGGAGGCCCUGAAGGCCUCCCGAGCCGCCUUCCAGGCUGACGAAGAAGCACAGUUAAGAUGGGCCCUCGAGGAGUCUGCUAUGCUGGCAGAGCAAGAGCAACAGCAGAGGGAGGAAUCUGCGCGGCUGGCAGCACAGGAGGAGGAGAUCAAGAAAUUCUACAUGCAGGACAUGCAGAAGAAGUCCAAGGGCUCCUCGAGCAGUUCCACCACCGCCCGCGCGGAGGCGGCGCUGCAGGAGUUGGAAUCCGAAGAGGAAGCCAUCGCCUGGGAUAGCGACAGCCAUAAGGGUGUGGAGGAGCCAGAGUCUGACAGCGAUGACGAACCCCCGCCGCUGGAGCUCCUACCAGACAGUGAAGAAUGA